GAUUACCAGUAGCAUGCAAACAGAUUAUCGAACCUAAGACGUGGACCUCACCACCUUACCAAAGCAGCAAGAGCACAAGUAGAACUAUGAGUAUGGCUGCCGUCCAGCAAAAUCAACCUUUCAACAGAGCCAUCAGAAAGAUCAAGGUGGCUUCGACAGUGACCAGCCUUGCCAAAAGCUGGCAAAGCUGGGCAAAUGACCACACUGGCAAGCAAGACACGAUCCCAAGUGGUUGGAUGCCUGACACCAUCAUUGAGGACGAGAAAGAAAAACAGAAGGAGAAGAACGAGAUGAAACUUUUGGUCACACCUCGCGUGGUAUCUGUGAAUGGCAUAGAUAGUUUAGACAACAUGAUCAAGACGGGAACCGUGACUAAGGCUGUCACACCAAAACGUACCGAGUGUGGGAAAGACCUUGUGAGCACAAUCAAGGAGAAGAUCAACACCAAUCAGUUGGUAUCGGAGGACACAAAAAACUUCUUAGGCAAUGAGUCUCCUACUAGGAGACGCUUCUGUGGUGGGAAAGCUGUAGUGUUGGCAAAGGCGCUAGGACAAACGGGAUCCAGAAGUAGCAGUGUAGAUACAGAGGACAGCGGACUUGGGGAGGAAGCGUCGUUGAGUGACAAUAGUGAUCAGAACGAGAAUAAACCAAAGAAACACGUCAGCAGGCCCAAGAUUAAGGUAACCACAAUGGGUGACCUGAGGAGCAGGUGGCAACAGUUUGCUACGAAUCACAUUGAAGGCCAGAAGCUGAAUCCAUUUAGUCAAGAAUUCGACUACGAGCAUGCAAUGGCUAUUCGACUCCACAAGGGCGAUACAGGAUACGGUCGCCCCAAAGAGGGAUCGAAAACCGCCCAACGAGCCGAUAGAGCCCAGAAACACAUCUACCGUGAGAUGGAGGAGAUGUGUUUUAUCAUACGUGACGUAGGUCAACAGGACAAGCAGGGAUGCAUCUACGUUACCUUCGGCCGUCUGUUUGACCGCUAUGUUAAAAUCUCUGAUAAAGUUGUGGGAAUUUUGUUGCGUUGUCGCAAACACAAGAUGGUGGACUUUGAGGGCGAGAUGCUCUGGAAGGGCCAGGAUGAUGAUGUCAUUAUUACACUCCUGGUUUGAUGCUCUGGAAAGUCAGAUAAUCUUAAAUGUAUGCAACUUACACCAAAGUAUGUUAUAGUUAGAAUGCAGUGUUGGGGAGUUACAAACUACAAUUAGUAACGCUGCAAACAAAACUACGUUUCUCAGUAGUGUCAUAGUAGCUGUAGCUCAGAGGUUUUCAAAAAAGCCAUACAGUAGUUUUUCCAAAAACAAGCAACUUUUUUUGUCAUACAGUUAGUAUGACAAAAUGCUACAUCUCUGUCAAUAAUCCAACUGUGUUGCAUUAGAACAUCUGAUUCAUUUUAGGCCACGUCCAAUCUAAUACGUCUUUUCUUUUUUUGUUGCAUUGAUUUUGUUAUAUUUAUGCCUCUCAUCCACUUUUUUGUUAGAAACAUGCAUUGUAGCUAACUACUUCAAAAAGAUUAGCUUUAAUAGUUACUUUAAAUUCUAAACAGCUUGUAGCUUGUAAAUUACAGUUUCGAAGUUGCUUCCACAACACUGCUAGAAUGUCUCUGAUUAUUCUAUUUAUAAAUGAUUUGGAAGUAUGAAAUAGAAGAAACCUGAUUAGAAAUGAACAUGUGGUCUUCAGCAUCCACUCUGGUGCAUGGCAUGUUUUGAAAGCGAUGUGAAGGUUUUGUUUUAGUAGUAAGGAGCUUUACAAUGGGAUGCAGGAAUGAUGGCUCCUUGCUCACAGUUUACACAAGGGAUUGAACGCCUCUCAUAUUUGUCAAACAUCAAGCAUCCUUAGAAUGCGAAACAUACGAGCCCUGAUGUCCAGGCAGAAUUUGUAAAUGUUCUCAUAUUGCUUGUAAUUCUUUCAUCUGUAUCACAUUUCAAGAUAAAAUAACUUGGCUGGGGAGAAUCUUGCUAGUCGAUUUUAAAGUCAACAUGAAAAGGUUUACUUACGUAAUCUGACAUAUUUUUGACCGAAACAGGAUAUUCAAUGAGAAUGGAUUGUAAAACAUGAAUGUUACAUAACAGAACGGGCCGGGUGAUUGGAGGGGAGGGACUGAAUUAGGGAUUGGUGACGUCAAUCGAUAAGGAAAGUUCUUUCAGAGGUGGAGCAAGUUGUUACUUGGAAUGUGUAUUAGGAAAUUUAAUUGGGUCAAUAUUUGUUUUUAAUCUUGACUUUAAUGCUUUUGUCACUAGUGCAAUUAUUUCCAUGCGUACUUCAUGUUAUAUUAUUGUCCAGUAUUUGCUGCUUAAUAUAAUUACCUCUUUCACAAUGAAAGCAUGAUGGUCUUCUUACAGAAGGAUUUGUUGUAAAUAUUAGGAAUUUUUGAUUAUGUGCAGUGUGUAAAUCUAAUGUAUUGUUUUAAUCUGGAAUUAGUCGAUCAUGUCAGUUUAAGAUGAAAUAAAACUAUUGUUGUGUUACAAAUACAACACCGACCUUUUGAAAGAGGAUGUCUGGCUUUUUUCAUAAUUCAACAUAGUUAUGUGUUUAAAUCU